AUGGCGAAGAAAGGUGGAAUACAACAGCUUCAAGCUGAACUUUUUACAGACGAUGAGCUGGAAAAGUUUUUGGAACGAGAUGGAAUUUUAGUUAUCGACGUUUAUUCAUGGGCUGGUCCAUGCGUCGGAAUGAUUGGGUAUUUAAAGAAGGCAAAACUGGAAAUUGGCGGUGAUCAUCUUCAUUUAGCAAUUGCGAGAAGUGACUCAAUUCAGAAGUUGAAGAGGUUUCGUAAUAGAUCUGAGCCUACAUGGCUGUUUUGCAGCAAUGGAAAAAUCGUAAGCAUGAUGCUUGGAUGUAAUGUUCCGAAAUUGAUGGCUAUCAUCAUUCAAGAAUUAAAAUUAGAAGAGAGAUACAAAGCAGGUGAUUAUGAGCGUAUAUUCUAUGAAUUCGAUCAACUUCUACCAGAUGAGCAUGAAAGAGAAGUGUUGAAGCAACAGUUGGAAGAAGAAACUUUAAGAUUGGAAGUUGAGCAAGCCAUACAACAACGAAAAGAAUACAUUCGUUAUGUGACAGAUCAAAUCAUGGAGCAUAUUGUUGACAUGGGUGUGACAAUGUAUCUUCCACAUGUGAUGAAAGAAGCUUACCGCAGAACUGCUGAUAUAGCUGAUAAAAUGGAAUUGACAAGCAAAGAUCGUAAGAUUGUUAAAAUUAAACCUGAUAUGCUUGAGGUGCUUCAUUUUGAAAUUGAGAAUCCGUUACCUGAUGUGAUUCUUGAAUACUUGUUUAACAAAGAGGUGUUGCUGUUUUUGUGGAAGCUUGGAGAUACCGAUACUCGCACACCAGAGGAAGUGCUGAAUAUCUUUCACAAAACUAUCGCUGUUCCAAACAUUGUCUACGAUGAAUCUGGCGAGAAAAUAAUUUCAAAGACUCCAGCAAUUUUAGAAUCAGCAGAGUACGUGCCAGGCUAUGAGCCAGUUAUUGAAGUUCGACAGAAUCCAAACAAAAGAAUUACAACUGGUGCAGGAAAGAAGCAAGAGCAACCGCCACCACAACCAGCACUUCCUACACAUGACGAGAAAACUGGACAACCAAUAAAGAGAUAUACCAUUCCACCCAGUUGGACACCAAAAAAUAAAAGAGCGAAUGCUGCAUUCAUAUAUAUCUUCUUUCGUAAUUGUACUGAACAUUUUUUACCACCUGAUAUGCCUCCAAUGCCACAACACUUGCUUUUCGUUUUUGAUGCCUACAAACGUCAAAAUAUUUUCGAUAUCUGUAAGCCUUAUGAAGAAGAUGUAUUGGCCUAUGGAUAUUUUUCGACUGAGGAUAUUCAUACGUGCACUUUAAUUGCAAAGACGACUGAGAAAUAUGAUACCUUAAAGCCGACCGUAAAUGAUAAAUUAAUGAUGAAAAUUGCAAAAAAGCGCAGUGAUAUCGCUAAAAUAUUGGCACAAUUGGGCCCUUGCUAUAUGUCCAAGAAUACACUUGAUGGAAAAACUGAUUGUGCUCGGCUAUUUCCGCUUGAAUAUAAUGUUCCAGAAGAAGAAGAACAAGAGAAUGACAGUUGUGAAAAUGGCAGCAAAAAGAAGAAAAGGAAGCGCCGUAAGAAACGUGAAAAGGGUGAAGUUGAAGAUCAAAGUCAGAGUCAAACUGCUGAUCAAGUGUCAACCCAGGACAGUGAGGAUACUUUGGAUGACUUGAGUGCCGAUGAAGAAGAAUUGAAUGACGAAAAUGAUUCAGCUCCUCCACCAUCACCGAAUCCACAAUAA